AGAGGUCCUGCACAAAGUAGAGGUCCUGCACAAAGUAGAGGUCCUGCACAAAGUAGAGGUCCUGCACAAAGUAGAGGGCCUGCACAAGGCAGAGGGCCUGCACAAGGCAGAGGGCCUGCACAAGGAACAGGAAAAGCUAGAAAUAAAAAGAAAAACAAGCGUGAUUAUCGUAAAGAUAAGGUUGAGGUUCGCGCAGAACAAGAGACUGAGGAAACCAGAGAUGGUGUCCAAUCUCAAGUCCGAGCAAAGGAAGAUAAAAUCGAAGUCCAAGGGACAGUAACUGAAACCCUGCCCAAUGCCAUGUUUCGGGUUGAAUUGGAUAACGAACACGAGAUCUUAGCGCACAUCUCUGGUAGAAUGCGGAAGAAUUUCAUCAGAAUUCUGCCGGGAGACAAAGUUCUUGUUGAACUUUCGCCCUACGAUUUAACACGUGGACGUGUCAUUUAUCGAGAUCCAGGGCGGCGAUCCCAAGGUUAG